AUGUUAUCCAUACUUCGCAAGGCACGCUUAAAGGAUAAGGAGAUGCGAAUAUUGAUGCUGGGUCUUGACAAUGCGGGCAAGACGACCAUCGUCAAACGCAUCAUGAAUGAGGAUGUCACUACGGUCAGCCCAACCCUGGGCUUCAUCAUCAAAACCAUUGACUUUAUGGGAUACAAACUCAACAUUUGGGAUGUCGGAGGACAAAAAACUCUCCGAUCCUAUUGGAAAAACUACUUUGAAAAGACUGACACGCUCGUAUGGGUUGUGGAUGCCACUGAUCGCCUUCGCGUGAACGAUUGUCGACAGGAACUCGCGGGUCUACUACUUGAAGAGCGACUUACGGGAGCCAGCUUGCUGGUCUUUCUGAACAAGACAGAUGUGGAACAUUGCAUGGAUGAGCAGGAGGUUCGCGAGCGACUGGAUUUGGACUCCAUCAAAACACACAAGUGGACUAUCUUGCCCUGCAGUGCAAUGACCGGCACAAACUUGACUGAAGGCUUAGAAUGGGUGGGCGGAGAACUCAGCCUUCCUCUCUUCCCCUCCGCCACUACUCACACCAUGACUGAAGGCUCCGACGUCAAUGAUUUCCUGGAGCGCAUUCGGGAACUAGGUGAGCGGCGCGACAAGGAAGACGAAGAGCGCACGAAGAAAUUGGAGGAAGAGAUUCUGCAGGGCCGGAAAGAAAGACAGGCCCGGAGAGCUGAGCGAGCACGAUCUCUCGCCCUCACAGAUGACUCCCCAACCCUCAAUGUCGCGCGACUGAGCGCUUCCUCCAUCAGCCCCGGCUCGAUCAACCCACCGGAACACCUUGAGCCGACUCCGCGACAAGAGACGGAUGUAGAGGAGAAGCUGGAAAACCCCGAGUCCACUGAGAGGCGUGGAUCAGUUCAAGACAUGGAUUCACCUCGAGCACGCCCUCCGUUGUCUCGUAGCCGAGCAGGGACCUUGUCAUGGCAGCAACGUCCCUCGUCGCGGGACUUUGGGUCUCCCACAGCAUCCCCAACCCGAUCGCCGACGCGUGCAAGUCACUUGAGAACCUUGUCCACGGCAUCAGAUGAAAACAGGCUGUCCCGCUCCUUCGGAUUUGCGCGUCCAAAAGACUCGUCUCCCCAGAGCCCGGAACGAAGUAUUGGCUCGCCAUAUCAUAGAAGGGAAGAACGAUCGGAUAGUGUCACAGAGCCGAAUGUCCCUCAACUGCCGACACCAAGUCUGGACCAAGAACCAAGUGCCGAGGUUGAGAAGCGAGAGCCAGAAAGGUCGCCGUCCAUUCCAAGAACCGCGUCUCGGGAUAGCAACACAAGCCAUCGCUUCUCUGUAUCGUCAGUAUCCGGGCUAGGUUCGCCAGUGCAUCUGUCGGAGGCUCAAAAGCUCGAGCCAGUACAGGCUGAUUCUUUCUUCGAGGAGCCGGCACCAGAAUCUCCCACCCAGCGGCGCAUCAUGUCACCUGAGCGAACGCGGUCAACAUCGCCUACAAAGGGUCUCGGGGGUUUCGUUCAAAGUGCGAUGAUGAGACGGUCAGACAGCGUGUCUAAACGAUGGAGUGCUCAGAUUCCGCAAGGACUGAGUCGGUCCAACUCGAUCGUCUCAAAUCGCAGUAGUGUAGCAGGUCCAAGUAUGAGUGAAAUGGUCCCUCCUUCUGCUCGUGGAGUUGGCCGUGACACUCCCACUCUUUCUCAAAGACCAGGCUCCAGCCACAGCGAAGCAGCCACAGAAAAAACCGAGAGACCGAUAACACCUCCUGGUCCCCCACCUGCAUUCUCAGAUAGAGACAGUGUGCGUGCCGAGGGAAGCCCGAGCAGACCAAGUCGUCCCCUUCACUCCAGGUCCGCCAGUUCAGUGACCACUGACGGCAACGAUUCUGCUUUUGUCUCACGCACUAUGGAUCCCAGACGCUGGAGCCCCAGCAAGGCUACCUGGCUAGAGAGUGCUCUCAACCGGCCUGAGUCGCCACGCUCUACCCGGCCCCCCUCGCAGCCCUCCUGGGCCAGGGAUCGACAAUCUCGAGGCAGUGUCGACAUGGGACGAGUGAGCAAUUUCAAGGAGGUCACCCCCAUUGGUUUGAUGAGAACACCCCCGCCGGGACUUCAGUUCAAGAGGUCCAGUGCGUCUGGCCCGUCACUGCCUGAAAGCCCGGGGAACAAAGCGAAAGAAACUGUCACUGAGUCCCCAUCUGUUCUGGGUACCCCCGUUGCUAGCAAAGUGAAGGAGACAAUCCCAGAAUCUCCAUCUGCUCUUGAAGCCCCUGAGGCCAAGGCAGAAGAGAUUCCAGAAUCCCCCUCUGUUCUUGAGACUUCUGAUACCAGCAUGGUAAACCGGUCGAUUCCUCAAUCUCCCUCUGUUGGUAGUUCUGAACACGUCCAACCGAGGGAAACAGUCCCCGAGUCUCCUUCGCCCGCUGAAGAACUCCCAUCCACACCUGCCAAGGAGACGGCGGAGCA